CCAGAGAAGUUCUCAGGAUUUCGUUCAGUGGUAGAUUGUUUGCUUAAUGUAUACAAGACUCUGGGUUCCAUCUCUAGCACCGCAAAGGAAAAAAAAAGGAGGUACCUUUUUGAGGAGUGUACCUGUGUAGGGAGAACUUCCUGUCCAGGGACCAGCCUAGACCUCAACUUAUUCCAGGAGCAUUUGUGGACUAUUUGAAAGCAGAACUCCAGAAAUCAUUUUCUAGGACAACACCUUUGUCCACCUUGACAGAUCUGAUUGGCUGUUUUGUCUUGGAAGUGACAAUCUGGUGGUGAUUAUAAUAGGAAUAGCCUACUAGUACAGACAUUUUGUGAGAGGUUAACCAAUAUCACUAAAAAGUUUUGUGGCUAGACUCUGUAUUUGAUCACCAUCAUAAUCACACUACCUGCCUGAGCCAUGGAAUCUGUGUCAAUCCCUGCAAUGGUUGCUGGGCUCAUUGAUUGUGUAGCCCAGCUCAUAAGAAUCGCUGAGGAAUUGUUACAGUUGAUCGGGCAAGAACAAGUUCCCUCCGUGCAGCAGAAUGCUAGACCAGAAGAGGAAGGAGCAGCUGCGCCUCCUCCGGAUGAAGAUACCCUCCCGGAUCUUGCUGAUCUUUCCGACUUAGAAUCAAUCCUUUCAAUAAAAGAAGACGAAGACCUAAUCAUUGACAUGGAUGAAGCUAUGAUAGAUAUCAACGAGAUAUAUGAGGAUAUACUUCCUGCCAUAAAGGAUGAUGCAGAAAAUGAGUGAGAGCCAGUACAUGAAAAGUCAUUUUUUCAUUUUUUUCCCCUAGGCUUCAGCAACAGCUGUUUUAUUCUACUUCAGCAUAGUUUCAUUAUUAAAAACUUUUAGAUUAGGUAAACCUUGAUUUCUCUUUGGCAAAAUCAUUUUUUUCUUUGUUUUAAUUCAAAAUACUGGCUUUAGUUAUAUAGUGCUUACUUUACUUGUACUAUUAGGAUUCUUCAUGAUAAGACCAAAUAAUAGCAAGGAGAAGAAUCUACCAAAGAAUAGACAUGAAGAACUGAUGAACUCUACCAAUAUUCAUAUCAGUGUCACUGCUCUGUGAUAAAUAGAAAUUCUAAGGGUAGUGUUCCCCAGCAUGAUAUUAUGAUGAGUAUUUUCUCACAGACAGCACAACAUUGGCACAUUGUGUCUUAAAGAGGGAGGUUUUUAUGGCAGAGUAAGGUAAAUAAUUCUGAAAGUGCAACGUCUACCAGGCAAUAAAAGUAUAGAAAGCUUUUCCAGAUUUUCCGGGGCCAAACUUUUGAGAAUUCUGGGGUCAAGAUAUGGAAUGAAAGACUGAUGAUGGGUUCCAAUCCACACAUGUUGAUGUGUGCUGAAACUAUUGUUUUGCAAUAUUGUCCUCUGAUGGACUAUUGAAGCUUGUACCAAAAAGCAAAGAGAGAAGUUCUAGAAUGGCAAGACGGGGUCUAACAAAGACUUCAUCAAUGGAAAAUCAAGAGCUUUUGUCAUCAGCCUGGAGCAAAUGGUCUACAAGGGGAAAUGGACAGUGUAUAUCUUCUUGUGUAUAAAUGAGUUUAAGAUAAAUAAAUGGGAGGCUUAAUGUGAUAGGACCGUUACAACCUUAACCUAGCAAUAUUUGUUAUUAAGAGGUAGAAAGAUAAAUAAGAUGUAGACUGGUGUUGAGGCACAAUAACCCUCUACAUGUCAGAAGGGUGAAGUAUAAUACCUGAAGCACCCCCCACACUGAAACAGAGAUCAACUAAAUAGGUGUGCAAGAAAUUCACUUAUUAUACCAACUUGGGCUGUCCAAUCCUUUUACUGCUAUGGACAGGCAGUAUGGCCUUUUUAUCAGUUUACAUAGAAUCCUAAAUCAUAUCAUAGUUAAAAAGAUUAAUAGGGCAUUUAAUGCAGAUGAAUUCAGAGCUAACUAACAUGGCAGAUACAUGACAAAAGCACACACAGAACACAUGAGAAUUAUGUCAAAAUGUAAUUAGUGGGGUUAAUUGUAUAUUACAGUAGGUAGUAUGCUGUAAUACCUUGCUACAGUAAUUUUAAUAAGCAAACCGAAUCUUAUUUUCCAAGUAUAGAAAAGAUUCUAGGUACACAAGUACAGACAAAGCAGCAAAUAGGUGAUGCACUGAGAAUUAUCCUAAUUUUGGUUAGGAGAUUGUAGAUUGCAAGAUUGGAGAAAGGGAGAAGAAAUUAUUUUUCCAUGCCAGGAGGAAAUGUUAAUGAAUAAUAAUAAUUAUUAUAAUUAGUGGAACAGGUAAGAUUAUUUCUAUAUUUACAAGAACAUUUACCAACAGUAAUAAAUAUAUACUGCCACCAGGGAAAUUUGAACUGUAGGAGAUAGGGUAUAAUUUUCUGCCAAAAUAACACUCAAAUUAUGAUUAAUUGAAUGAAAUCAGGCCACCAGUCUACUAUAAAUUCUAUUUGGUGAGCAAUUUGCCUGCAAAAGGGCAAAUGAUGCUCUGCAAACCUGAAAAGCACACUAAAGGGUAGAUAGUAAUCAAAGUAGAAUUCUAGAAUGUGGGCUUUGUAACCUUUCCACAAUAAACUAGUAAGACUUUGUUAAAAGUCAUAGAGCAUAAACUACCAAUAAACUCAAACAGAUCAUAACAAGAGAAACCUGGAAGUCUACUCUAGACAAAGCCUUAAACAAGUAAUGGACAGUGUUGUUUUUAAACAUCAGGAAAAGAAGAUGCUGCAAGUUCUUCAUAUAUGGACCUGUUUUGCCUAUUGUAUUUCACUAUUUGCCUUGAUGGUAUAAUUAUGUGCACUUAAGAACUGUUAAGAUGUAACUCUAUUUCAAGAAAUGGACUGUUGGAUCAAGUAUGUUUGCUGUAUGAAACUGGAUUAGAAAUAGAGUUAAAAGUGACAAGGAACAAUCUUAGCAAUAAGAAAAGCCUUAAGAACAAGAGCUAGUAGGGAACAUAUUUUCGGUAGGGAGAACAUUUUAAAUUGCUAACAGUUAACAUAGUUGCUUGAGAUGGGGUUACUUCCCAAGUGUGUUCAUUUACCUGUGCCUUAUGAAAAUUAGCCAAUUGUAAGAUAUUGGCAGAAGUAACUAGUUGGUAAUUGAUAUAGAUUAAGUAGAUAGUGAAAUUAAAAGGAGAAAUACUAAUAAAUAUGUUUAUUGGAUGUCUCCAAUUGAGAUGUUGACUCUCUUCUAGAAGACUGAAGUAACUAGUCCAUUAUCCAAGUAGCCAAAAACAGAUUUUGUAUGGCAUAGAGAAAUAGAGAGAGGACAAGGCUCUAUAUUCUGAGACCAACUGAAAGGUGUUAAAAAUCAAGAAAGACAGGCUGGUAAAUGGCACUGAAGUACACAGUACAAAUCUUCAUUAGCUGAAGUAGAAGAGCUGCUGACAGUAUAUACCUGUAUCUUUACAUGUAACCAUUUCUUCAAUUUAUUAGGUUAUAAUAAUCACUUAUGAUCUUUAUUGACUAUUAUUCCAAAUGGUUUAAUAGUUUUUUAAAAGAGAUUUUAGCUAAUAAAGUUUGAUUUAAAAGC